CACAUGAGUGACACUCUUCUGGCCAUCAAUUGAUCCAUUCAUUGAUCCAUUCAUUGCACAGUCAGACAUGUCUUUCACAUCGAAAUCACUCAAAAGCAAUUCAUCGCAAGGUAACCUCUCGAGAGGUAACGCAAGUAGUGUUCAACUCAACCAACAGAUCCAAGAGUUGAGUCAAACGAUUACCAAACAAAUAGCCGAAGAUUUGCCACUUUUGAAGCCACACGUCGAUUGGAGAGGAAUGGCUCAUCCCAUGCCUGUCAUCAACAACAAACACAACAAUCAAACCAUAAGUGAAUCCCAAUUGAUGUCAGAAAUCAAUGAAAUGAAUGCAAGACUCGAUCCACCCGUCAAUGGUAUCAAACAUGAUGUCAAUCAAGAUAAUGAUAAGCAUUUGGAUCUAUUGAGUGAUAGCACCAAUAGGUUGAAGACAACUCUUCCCACUUUCAGACAAUUAGUUCACACUUUUGGUAACAAAUAUCAGAAGCAAUCGAUUGACGAAAACAAUGGUUUUGACCCGAAAUGUGUUGAUAUAAGUGCGGAAAAAGUGGAUAAAAUCUUAAGAAUGUCUCAACAGAUUCAUCACUUCCAACAGUCGGACAAAAUCUUGAAUACAUUAUCCAUUCAUGAACUCAAUUCAUAA